AUGCCCCCCACGCUAGCGCCGCCGCCGGCGCCGCAGUGCUCGGCUAGCCUCGCGUCUCGUCGCCGCCCCCCACCCGCCGCCAGUAGAUCGCGGCUCGCCGCCCCUUCGCAACCGCGCGCAUCUCCCGUCUCCUCAUCCGCUGCGCCUUCCGCCGCUCGUUCCGCCACCGCGCAUCCCCAUGGCUCCCGUCGCUCCGCGCUCAGACCCGUUCCCGCCUCCACCGCGCGCGCAUCGACUCGGCGCGCAUUGACCUCCCCCGUGGUCCUUGACGUCCCUUCGCAGCGCGCCUCGCCGGCAGCGUGCCGUGCCGCUGCCGCCAGUGCUGCGGAUGGCGCUGACGUGGCAGGGCGGCUGAGCGCGGAGGAGCGCGAGGCGGUGGGCAGUGCUGACGUGGCGAUCAUAACGAACGGGCCGGGCGAGGUGGCAGCGUGGGUGGCGCCCGUCGUGGCGUCGCUGGCGCGCCUGUUCGGCCCCGACCCGCGCCGCCUCCGCGUCUCCGUGCGCCCCUUCCCCCAACCCCCCCCGCGCCAUGCGCCUACCAUGCACGAACCCCGGCUUCCUUCGUCACCUCGUGCUGCUGGCGCCGUGUCCACAUGCGUCGGGCAACGAGCUGGCGGUGCUGCGCGCCAUGCCGGGCGUGCACCGCUGCACGGUGCGCGCACAGGGGGGGGGGAGAGGGCAUGCAAAGAGGGGGGGCGCGGGUGCAGGGCAGUGUGGGGCCCCCAAGGUUUCUUCCACAUGCUGCUCUUCACUCGCCCUGCUGCCGCCGCUGGGGGCCAGCACACGGGCGGGGAGAGAGGGGAGGGGGAAUCCUCUGGGCGGAGAACAGACGACCAGCAGCGGCACCAAGGGGAGGGGGAGGAGAGGAAUGGGGAGGGGGAGGGGGAGUGGGGGUGGCGGAGGCGGGGCGUGGUGGUGUUUCUGGGCGGCGAGCAGGUGAAUGCGGUGGUGCUGGCUUGGCGCCUGGGGUACCGCUGCCUCGUGUACUCCGAGGAUGCUGCUCGCUGGCCCUGGCUGGUGGACAUGAGUGCGCUGCGCUCGCCUGUGCUGCUGCCCGCCAUCCCGCCCGCCCUGCUGGCCGCCCGCCGCGCCCGCGUGGUGGGAGACCUCUUCCUCUCCGCCGUGGCGCAGGGGGUGCACGGGGGGCAGGGGGCGAGGGGCGCGCAGGGGGGAAGGGGGGAGGAGGGGCGGAGAGGGGAGGAGGGGCGGGGAAGCAGAGGAGAGGGGGAGGGUGAGGAGCGUGAGGUGGUGGUGGGGCUGCUGCCUGGAAGCAAGGAUGUGAAGCUGAUGGUGGGAGUGCCCUUCUUCUUCUCCGUCGCACAUGCUCUCAACAAGACCUGCUCCCACAGCGCCCCCCUUCCCCGCUUUCCCCCAGCGCCCCCCUUCCCCGCUUUCCCCCAGCGCCCCCCUUCCCCGCUUUCCCCCAGCGCCCCCCUUCCCCGCUUUCCCCCAGCGCCCCCCUUCCCCGCUUUCCCCCAGCGCCCCCCUUCCCCGCUUUCCCCCAGCGCCCCCCACAUGCGCUUCAUCCUGCCGCUGGCCCCCACGGUGCAGCCGGCGUCGCUGGCGCGCUUUGCCGCGCGGCGCCACAACGCGCUCAUCGCCCGCCACGCCUGGCUGCCCGCGCGCCUGCUGCCGCCCUCUGCCACUGCUGCACCGCCCUCUCCGCCAGGGGGAGGGGCGGGGGUCGGGUGGGAGUACUUGGGGAGACUGGUUGCCGGGGAGGGGGAUGGGGAGGGGGGAGACAAGAGAGGGGAUGAAGGGGAGGAGGGGAGGGAGGGAGGGGAGGGGGCGAGGGGGGGUGAGGGAGUGGAGGUAGAGGUGUGGAGGGCGUUUCCCUCGUAUUCUCUGCUCUUGCAGUGCUCCCUCGCCCUCACCACUGUGGGCACCAACACUGCUGAGCUGGCAGCAUUGGGAGUGCCCAUGGUGGUCGUCCUGCCCACUCUCUCACUUGAGUUGUUCCAAGGGGGGGCAGGGGGCGUGUUGGGGCUGCUGCCGGCACUGCUGCCAGCGGGCCCAGCAGCAGCGCUCACUCGCUUCCUCAACGCCUCGCUGCUCCGCUCGCUGCCCUUCCUCGCCUGGCCCAACCGGUGGGCGGGGCGGGAGGUGGUGCCGGAGGUGGUGGGGGAGGUGGGGCCGGGGGAGGUGGCAGCGGUGGCAGCACGCCUGCUGGGGGACGCGGCUGCACUGGAGGCCAUGGGGAGCGCGCUCAGGCAGGUGGCAAGCGAGUAUGGGGGGGGCAAGGGGAGUGCUGCUGGGGAAGGCGAGGGGGAGGGUGGGGGGAGUGAUGGAGGGGAGCGUGGUGAGGGUGCAGCGGAUGCGAUCGCACAUGAAGUGCUGAAGCUGCUUCUCAUGUAG